CCCAAUUAAGGCAAAUUGGUCAUUGAAUUCCCACAAGCAGAAGUAGAAUCUUCUCAACGGCUGCCGUCGCAGCUGCCUGCGCGUGCCUCCAUUGGUUUAUGGUUUGGGAAUAAUGAAGGUCGACAUGGGGGUGGCGGAAAGUGAUUCCUUCGUGCUCGGCAAAUCAAAGCGGAAGCAAGAAUACGAGGGUUGUAUCAGGUGUUUGGAACUGUACGACAAAAUCACAAAUGCCGACAACAAAUGCUUACGAUUGGAGUUAAACGUCUGGAAGAAGGAUUCCUUGAUCGACUCGCUGGAGAGUAAGCUUGGAAGCGUGGAACUCGAAAAACUAAAACUGGAGAACGAGGUUGUAUUGUUGAAGCAGAGGAAUGCAGAGCUUGAAAGCCGUGUUCGGAGUUUUAAGGAGGAAGAUGAAAAGCUGGGGCUGUUGAUGAUCGAAAAUAAGGUAUUGGAGUGCGAGAAGAAGAAGGCUGAGGUUGAUAUCGGGACUUGGAAGUUGAAGUGUAAAGAAUUGGAUAUGAAGUUAUUGGAGGUGGAAAAGAGACUCUCUGUUGGUACACCAUUAACAGUGCAAAGUGAAAAGAACUCAGAUGAGGAUAAAGAUGAUCAAGGCACCAUUAACACUCCACAUAAGCUGGAUAUGGAUCAUCUCGAAGGAUUCAAUAGAAACCGUGCAUGUGGAUUCGAGGCUCGAGUAAGAAAUCGCCUGGAUUUCGGACUCUCUGGUGAAGGGACCCCACGCAAGAAUAUUACCCCCACUACACCUGGAAAUAAACCCCCUUUUGAUGCCACCAUCGAAAUUAGUGACAGUGACGACAAUGACGAUCCUGAUAACAAAAAUGUUGAGAACUCGACAGGUGUCGGGUCGGGAGUUAUUCUUGAUAGCAAUGAUUGUGAGGAAGAAAAUGCUUGCUACUUCACAAGGCCACCAAUGGCAAAGAGGCGGAAAGUGAGGAAACGAGCUGCUUGUGUAGUUAACAGCGACACUGAAAACGAUAGCGAUGAUGACAAUAUCCUAAUCAGCACACUCAUGAGCAAGAAAUCAUCCGCAAACGGUUGUAAUGCUAAGAAUGAUUCAUGUUUGAGCGGUGACCGCGAAAAAUGUACUCCAAAACGACGCCUGAGAAGGGCUGGAGAAAGUGAGGAAAAGGAUCUUUUGGGAAAGCGAAAGUCGAAAUCUUUCUCGGGUGAGGAAGAAGAAGAAACAGACGAGUCGAGUGGUGAAGAAGGCGAAAGCCUUGGUGGAUUUAUCGUGAGAAGCUCGGACGAAUCGGGAAGCGAGUCCAAUGAAGGUCCAAACUCAGGUGAUGAUGGCUUGGAAAACGAGUCGGAUGGUUGUGUCGGGGGAUAUGUUAAGGUGAUGUCUGGGCUAAGAAGAGAGAGAAAGUGCAAGAUGGAUUGGGAAUAUGAAGCUGAUAUGCUUGCCGAUUUGGGUAAAUAUCCGGAGCUUUGUAUGAAGGCCGUAUGUGCUAUCUAUCGUCGGCAAACGUCUGAGGAGCAGUUUCACCAGGCGACUCUGGUUCAUAAUGGACGAGGGUUCAGCCAAGUUCAUGCACCCAGAGGGAGUGACCUGGCCAAGUUUCUCACGGAUGGAGAUCCUGACGGUGACGUGAAUAAAACAGUGGACGAGCUCCAAAAAUUUGACACGAGGGGUGUCGAGCAGUGUAGAAAAUUAGCAAUACACUACUCCAGGCAGUUGUUCGACAUCUACAAGAGUCGGGAGGACCCGUUUUUCCAUCCUUAGAAUAAUCUUCGGCUGGUUUUUGACUUAUGCAAGCAACUAAGCUAUUUUUCUGGUAAAUUCUCAUCAAUGUAUAUUUCUUCUUCUGUUAGGACCUUUUCCUUGUUUAUAUGCAAUGGUGACUUUAUGUAAAGAGACGAAUCUUUCUGCAGGUACAAAUAUUUUGUUUUAUGUCAUGUUUAAAGCAAAGAAUUUAACCAAUA